AUGAAGAUUGAACUGGCAAUGGAUUCUUCCAAUUUAUUAGGACCUGAUAAUCACCGUGACUGUAACGCCUACGAAAUUGUUGAUUGUUAUCAUCCUACCUUAAUGUUGUUCACGACUCAGAUGGAGAAUUGUCACUGCUCUACACCUUGCCAUAUCACUAAAUACCAGACAAAAGUAUCAUCCAUGCCCUUACCACAAAAGGCAUACACAGCUUUACACAAAGAGUUACAGACCGGAACUGUAGAUACAAUAAAGGAAAAUAUAAUCAUUCUGAAAAUAUUCUACGAGACUUUGGAAGUUACGUCUACUGAUCAGAUUCUAGAAUUUACUUUUCAAGAUAUUUGGGCGUCGUUUGGGGGAUAUCUAGGAUUAUUUGCUGGGGCAAGUGUUCUCACAUUUUUUGAAGUACUAGAUCUUAUUGCUGUCAAUGUUUAUAACCACUUCACAAGAAUGAGACGUGUAAUCAGAGAUUAACCUUCUUCGCUUUGACGUUGUAUAUUAAUAUCAGAAAAUAAAUGAGUAAAAACGCCACAAAUAUUUACCUUGUAUUUAUAUUUAU